CCCAGCUAUAGAUGUUUCAAUGUGUUCAAAAUUAAUGGAAGUCGCUUGCAAUCAGUGGCCAACACUGAGAGAUCUGUUUGCAGGGGAUCGAAAAAAUCUCACCGGUUUCGACCUAAUAGACUAUUUUGUAAACUAUCAGCCAAAAUCCAGCAACGAAUCGAUUAAGAUAUAUACAACUGAUAAGAAUUGGUUUACACAUGGCAACUAUAUGCUUAUUCACACUGUACUCAGCAAAUCCUUUGUUUACUUUGAUACCGUCAAGGGAUCUCUGGAAGAUCUCAAGACUUUAUUGUGUUCGUUGAAUCUAAAAGAGUGUCAUUUAAUUUGUGGCUACAAGGAACGAUAUAAGCCUCUUGUUGAGCAGUAUUGGCAAAGUUUGGGUCGAGACCUCAGCGAAUUGGAUCAUCAGGGCACUAUAGUUUACCACCUGCCAAGCUCUGAGAUACAAGAUUGGAAAGCCAGCAUAAGUUCUUCUGUUGUUGUGGGUUAUCUCAGUUCCAAGCAUGCCAGUUUGGUGGAUCAGCAUUGGGCUUAUCGCUCUCCCGAUUCCUUGCCCCUGAUAAGGGGUCUCUUGAAGACCAAUGUCAGUGCUGGGGUUUUCGAUGGCCAAGGAAAGCCCUUGGCUUGGUGCCUUAGAUCUCCCCAUGGCAGCCUGAGCCACUUGCACGUUUUAGCUGCCCAUCGUCGUCAAGGACUUGGAUCCUUGGCAGUUCGUUUCAUGGCUAAGGAAAUUGUAGCCACUGGCUCUGAAGUUUUAGCCACAGUUGUCUUCGAUAACGAAAACUCCCGCAGAAUGUUUGAGAAAUUAGGCUUUAAGCCCAUCAAUAAUAUAUAUUGGGCUGUAAUUGCUUAGAUUAAACACACAAUUGUAUUAGUAACAUUUAAAAGCGAGUGCUCUUUUAUACCCAA